GAAGGAAUAAAUUAGCGAAGAAAGCAAAUGUACAUCGAAAAUAUGAGGACGACGAGUAGAACUUUCAGAGCUACGUGGAGGCUAACGUGGUUCAUCUGCCUUCUGGCUAGCAGUUUGGCGCAAACGUUACCGAUGUGUCCAGAUCAACGCGAGAUCUUACCCUGUUCCUGCACCAUGAAAAAGGCUGGCUUGGAUAUCGUCUGUGAACAGACCGAAUUAUCGCAUAUCUCCAAAGCCAUGAAUGCUCUCAAGGGGAAGCCAAAUACUGUCAUUUUCUAUUUGAGGCUCAGGCACAAUAAUUUGCCGAAGCUCCAAGGUUACAUGUUUCUUGGACUGGAUAUACGUCAUCUUACUAUUCAUAAUAGUACUCUGGCUGCGGUUGAGGAAUCCUCCUUGAACUCGAUCGGAAACAAAUUGACACAGUUGGACUUUUCGCAGAAUUAUUUAGCAACCGUACCGUCGAACGCGUUAAGAAAUCUUCAUCAUCUGCUUAUUUUGAAUCUCAAUCACAAUAAGAUCAACAGCCUUCAUGCCAAAGCUUUCGAAGGCCUCGACACGCUUGAAAUUCUUACUCUCUAUGAAAAUGAGAUAUCCUCGAUAGAAGCGGACGCAUUCAAGGGACUCGACAAUCGAAAAUUAAAACGUCUCAAUUUGGGAGGAAACGAAUUAACGAGCAUACCAACGUCUGCUCUCUCCACGUUGGAUAUGUUGAAGAAACUGGAGAUGCAAGAGAAUAGAAUACAAUCUAUCAAGGAAGGAGAUUUUGAAGGAUUGAAAAGUUUGGAUUCGUUAGGACUAGCGCACAAUCGCAUUCGCACUGUACCGGCUCGUGCAUUUUUCCAUUUGGCGCAAUUAAAUUCUUUGGAGCUCGACGGAAAUGAAAUCAUUCAUGUCGAUCCAGACGCAUUUAUCGGCCUUGAAGAGAAUCUACAGUAUUUACGAUUAGGAGAUAACAAUCUACAUGCGGUACCAAGUGAUGCGCUGAGACGACUCCAUCGUUUGCGCCAUCUGGAUCUAAGGGCCAACAAUAUAACCGUGCUUCCGGAGGACGCUUUCACCGGUUACGGAGACUCGAUAUCUUUCCUCAACCUUCAAAAAAAUUUAAUCAAGGUACUACCACCUUUGGUCUUUGAAAAUCUCAAUUCCUUGGAAACGCUCAGCUUGCAGAACAAUAAACUUGCCCACAUACCGGAGGAAGUGACAGAAACGAUCGUCGAUACAUUGCGACAUAUCGACAUAACGGAUAAUCCAUUGAUCUGCGAUUGUGAGCUACGUUGGUAUCCAAUUUGGCUUCAAAAUCUUCGCGACGAAGACGGCGAGAUUAUGUUGAAGAAGCGUACGGUUUGUAUGAUGACGUCCGAGCAUCGAGAAUACUCUGUGCAAAAUAUACCGUUAGAAAAAAUGGGUUGCGUCAAGAGCAUAGAGAGAAUGUCGUCGAACGGAAUUUCCGUUUACCGAGGCGUCUGUUUCGCUUACUUCUUCGCAUUUGUUUUUAUCGGCUUGUAAACGUUUCAUCUUUGUCGUCGUCUCCAUUCUUGUCAUCAUUAUAAUAUUUUCUUUCUUAUUUCGUUGCUCAUUUUUUUUUCUCUUCCUCGCGAGAAAACGUCCUUGUCACGAGAAAAAAACGCGAUCUCAACGAGAAUUUUUUCAAAUUGUGUUAGCAACGCUUUCCUUAAUUUACCUAACGUGCUAAGUAUUCGUUGAUUUUUAAUGAUAAAUUGAGAUCUCGUUCCAAUCGGACAGAGACAUCGAAUACGUUCUAUGAAGGAUAGUAAUAUUUGACGAAGCAAAUGAAACUCGAGACACUGCUAAAACGUUUCUCGUUUUCUAAUAGUAGUUAUACUUUCGAACCGAGUAUUCGUAAGUAACUGCGACAAUCGAUAGUUCUACGACGACUAGAAUAUUUCACUUAGUAGGUUAGCUCUUCUGAGUACGUUUCUACGUUGCGGUACUUGCAAAAAAAUAAAGUUUCGUUCACAGAAGACAGAGACUAAGAAGAGAGAGAGAGAGAGAGAGAGAGGCGUGAAUUAGAAUACGAAUGGUUCAAUAAUCUUAUCGUCGUAGUGUUCUUCAUUUAAUCGAGAUAAAUGAUCGAAGAAUCGUCUCAUAAUUGAUGUAUUCACAAGAAAAGAAGAAGAAAAGAAUUACGACAAAACAGAAAAGAAAAAUUCCGUCGAUCUCACGGAAGCAUGUCUCGUUUUCUACGGGCACGUGAACUUUCACCACCAAAACGUUACAUAUCAAUAUCGUUGCCAAGCAUUUUGCGAAUAUUCGUUAAGAUCGCACAAGCGAGAGGAGAUUAAUGUAAUUGCUAAAGAAAAAAAAAAAAUAAAAAAGAAAGGUCCCUCUAA